UAAAUCCUAUAGCAGUUCAUUUGACACUUACUUGACGUUUGUUUGUCGGCACGUGCAUUAUGGUCAACUCAGAAUUAUUAUUAGUGUAACAAUUAUCUUAUUAGAGAGAAAAAUAUAAUUUUUUAAAACAAAUUCAGGAUGGCUCCCAUUGCUAAGAAUAAAAAACAUGUUAAAAAGAAUAUGGAUACGUCAGGAGAAAAAGUUAUUUCAGCUCAGUUACAAAAAAAGAUGGAUCAGAAAGGGUCAAAAAAAAGCGGAAAGAAACCAGAACGUGGCGUAGUUUUAUUACGACAUAUACCAAAAGGGUUUUUCGAGGAUCAAAUGAAAGACUUUUUUUCUCAAUUUGGGGAGGUUACAAGAGUAAGAUUAGCAAGAUCUCGAAGAACUGGUGGCCCAAAAUGCUUUGCCUUUAUAGAGUUUAAAAUUCCAGAAGUUGCACAAAUAGUCGCAGUAACAAUGGACAAUUAUAUUAUGUUUCAAAAACUUGUUAAAGCUUAUUACAUAUCACCAGAAGAGCAAAAAUAUGAUUAUUUUCGGACAAAAGUGCGAAAAGUGACUAAUCCUCUUGGCAAAUCAAUAUUUACAUCAAGAAAAAUGGUAGGAAAAAUUAAAAAAGUAAAAAAACACAAUACGUGGAAUAGUGAAACAUACAAUCGAAGAAUUUCAAAGACUCUUAAGAAGUUAGCGAAAAUAAAAGAUAAAUACUCCGACUUGGAGUUGGAUUUAGAUUCUGUUGUCAUAAAACCGAAGUUGGCUGUAAAUAGUUCAGAUCAAUCAAGAAAUGAGGAAAAGCAACAUGAUGAAAUUUCAGCUGAAGAGUUGGAAAAUAAACCGGGUAGCUUACUUUUGGUUAAAAAACGAAAACUAUCAAAAAAUGAAAAAAACGAUGGAAAGAGGAAAAAAACAAAACCAUCUUUGGAACAAUUACUAGGAGACACAAUAAAUGAUUCUGAUAGUUCUUUUGAUGAGGACUAUUUGCCUAUAGCAGAUUAUAAUCCAAAUGAAACUUUAGAAAUACCUUCAAUUUCCGAGACCGAUAAAACAUUGCUCAAAAACUUUGCAAAAGAGUUAGAAAAAGUUGAAUCUGAAUCAGAAUCUGAUGAAUCAUAUAAGCCAUCGCAGGACAGUGGCGAUGAUGAUGAAAAUUAUAGUUCUGAGGAGAAAAAUGAUUCCUCAGACAGUACUUUGAACUCUGAAGAAGAUAGCGAAAACGAAAAUAAAGAAGAAUAUGAAGAUAGUUUUGAUCAGAGAAACAAUGAAGAAGACAAAAAAACUAAAACUAAUUAUAAAAAGUCCAAAUUAGAUAAAGAAAACCGUCUAGACAAUUUAAUUCGCCGCAAGCCACUUUCUGGUGGAAUAACUAAAAUAUCAAAGAAGUCAAAGCUGCAAAAAAAGAAUUUAAAAGAAAAGAUUAGUGAAAUCGUCAAAAAUAAAGAUUUAAAGAAAUUAAAAAAAUUCGAUUUGAAGGGUAAAAAAACUAUAUCAUAAAGAUGUGAAAACAAAUCCAGCAACUUUUUUUAGUUUACUUAAAAUUGUUACAAUUUAUUUUAUUUUCUCCAUAUUUUAAAUAAUAAAUAAAAAUACAAUUUUUAA